GCGACGCAAACAUUUUCUAUCAUCAUUCGGGCACCAUAAGAUCAGUUUGUCGGUCGUCAAUUAAAAUUUAAGUUGUAUCUUUGAAAACCAUUUCGAAAAUGAAGAUGAGUAAGACUGACAAUCAAUGGAACAAGGCGUGGGGUAGUCCAUAUAAGACAUUCCGUCCACAUCCAUGGCGUCCAAUUUUAGGAUUCGAAGCUGUUAACGUUUUCCCAUUACCCGAACAAUUGGUGACUAAUGAGCUAGUCGAUCCGUGUUAUGUAUCUUCAGGAAUGUCGACGGAGCCACUACGUUAUCCGAAUUUAGUGACUGGUUUCGAACGGAAUCCUCAGCAUGCCGCAAAAACAGCUUUGAAUACACGUUAUACCCAAUCUGAAUGGAAAAGUGCGAACCGAGCGUUGAACGAUGAAGCUGACUCGAAUUUAAAACAAGCCAACAAUCUUAUUGACGAGAGCGAACGACUGUUGCAUAGGCAUUAUUGUGCCAACGGUGGACAGACAUCAUCAGGAUUUCGAAUCGGUGAACGUAUAACCGAUACGAAAAAUAUGCGUGAUGAAUUGAGUGGUGAGCUCGGAAAAUUGAUCAAAGAACUAAGGCAGUUGACUGACGCCAAACGUGAUAUUGAAAAGGCAUUGCAGGAUCUAGAAACACCACUUCAUAUUGCUCAAGAGUGUUUGUAUCACCGAGAAUGCCGUUAUGGUACAGAUAAAACUCAUGAUGUUGCCGAAAAGGCCUUGCUUAUUGAAAUUGAUAACAUACGAGACGCUCAGCACAGAUUGAAAAAUAUGCUUGAGAAAAUCGAAAGGCAACUGUUGGACGGUAGAGCGAUACAACAUUCACUGGAAAAAGACACUGCACACAAAGAAUCUGCAAUUGGUAUUGAUUCCGUGUGCCAUCAGCUUAAUAACUACAGCCGAGGUAUUAAUUUCUACGGGGGAAUCGAAGAUUUUGAUCCGACUGUUUGCAAUCGAAAACAGUGGCAACAAGUAACCAACAAACGACUGGAGAAUUCACAUAAGGAACGGGAAAGGUCUUCCCAAUCCAGAAGUGAUGCACAAGCUUUGAUUAAUAAUGUGUCGAAGUCAGUGUGGGAAAACUGGUCGAAAACCAAUAAUGCACUAAACAUUCGUGCAACGGAAAUGAGAGAAACAAGAAACCGAGUGCAAAUGAAUCUGCAGAAAAUUCAGGAGGAAAUUUUUGUCAUCGAACAAGAAAUUGAAAAGAUCUUAAAUGACAUUCGUUUGAAGUCUGACGCGUUGAAAGUUGCACAAACUCGAUUAGAAACUCGUACACAUCGAUUGGGAAUAGAACUUUGCAAGGACGACGCUCAUACCAGAUUGGUGAAGGAGGUUCAAGACUUAAAAAAUUCCAUUCAAGUCAUGUACAAUAAAUUGCAAGAAGCCGAAGCUCAGCACCAACAGCUUUUGAAGACGAGAGCGAAUUUAGAGACAGAUUUGCAUAGUAAGGUCAAUUCAAUAUUUAUUGACAACGAAAAGUGCCUGGGAUUGCGACGCUCUUUUCCGGUUGGAAAAUUAAUAAAAUAUUGACCUAACUGUUCGAUGUGACAAAUUUAACGUGUGCAAAUUAAAAUUUAAAAAAUUGAACUCGUUGUUA